AUACUAAGUCUCUACUCUCCAAUCUUCUAUACAAAAGUAAGAAGACCUAUUAUAUAGGCUAUCGACCUAUACUUGUGUAAUUUGGACCACGGGUUGUUAUUAUAAUUUUAAAUUAUUUUUGUGUAAAAUUAUCAAUUGUUCGAAAUGACACGCCAUGCAAGAAAUUGUACAGCUGGAGCUGUUUAUACUUAUCAUGAAAAACAAAAGGAUGCAACUCAAUCUGGAUACGGUACACAAAACGAACGCGUAGGAAAAGAUUCUAUCAAAAGUUUUGAUUGUUGUUCAUUGACUUUACAGCCAUGUCGAAACCCUAUUGUAUCGCCAGAAGGUCAUUUGUUUGAUAAAGAAGCGUUGUUGCAAUACAUGAUAACCAAAAAAAAUGAAAUUAGUCGUAAGCUCAAAGAAUAUGAAAAACAAAAGCACAAAGAAGAAGAAGAAAUAGCUGAGUUAGGUAGAGCUGAACGCCAAUCUAAAGUUAACGACUUUCUUAAUACAGAAAGUAUGGUGAAAAAACAAAAUGAUAUUUUCAAAAUGAAAUCUGAAAAGAAACCAGAACAAACUGUUUCGUCAAUCUCCAAUAUGGUCAAUGGGCUUGACAAACAGUUACCUAGCUUUUGGGUUCCGUCUGAAACACCAGAUGCAAAAAAAGCUCCAAUGCACAAACCAGAUAAAACAGUAUAUUGCCCUAUGAGUGGUAAACCGCUAAAAUUAAAAAAUUUUGUGAAUGUUAAAUGGACAUUAGUCAACGACCCCAGCGACAAAAAAUCAUUAGUCAUUCGUGAAAACCGUUAUAUGUGCGCUGUUACACAUGAUAUACUAAGCAAUGCCGUACCAGCAGCAGUUAUUCGGACGACUGGCCAUGUAGUUACAAUGGAAUGUGUUGAGAAAUUAAUAAAAAAAGAUUGGUUGCAUCCUUUAAACGGAGAAAAAUUAACAGAAAAAGAUAUAAUUCCUUUGCAAAGGGGCGGCACAGGAUAUGCUACUACCAACGAUAACUUGCAAGGCAAAUACGCUAGACCUGUUUUACAAGCCUAAAAGAUUAAUAAGUUUAAUACAUAAGUAUUUUAUUUUUUUCUGUGUAAUUUUUUAAUUUUGACAUCAAGAUAAGAUAUUUUUUCUUAAUUAUUGUACAGUUCAGAAAAUAUUAAGUCAAUCUCCGAGUAUUAAUUCAAUAUGACUAUAGUUAUUAUUGUAAGAUAACACUGUAAAUAAAAUAACAUUUUUUAAGUGCCUGUAAUGUAUAUUUUCAUUUUUUUAAGCUCAAACUAUACAAUUAAUUACAUAUUUUAUUAUUUUUUAAUUAUUCCAUAACAAUAAAAGUAAAACGACUCUAAAAAAAUAAGUAUACUCAAAUGAAAAUCUUUAAAGGUGGCUUUCUCAUCAACAAAAAGGUAAACUUUUCUAUUAAUGAGGGAGAGUUCUUAAAAUGUAUUUAAUAAAUAUAAUUUAUAAUUAAACAGUUAUCUAAACAAUUUUUAGCAACUUUUGGUUAUAUAUAAAAAAUUAAUAUUUAAAACCCUUAGCCAUCAAAUAAUAUUAAUUAUAUUAAUUUUUACAAGUUUGUAUUUAUUGUAUAAAUUGUAUGGGAUUUAGUUUUUAUAUGGAGCUGAGAAAAUAUCGGUUUUACAAUGAUGGUUUUUCUUUAUUGUUAUUCUUUAUUAUUAUUACAAAUUUUUUUUUUUAUGACGGAACUUACAAUAACUUUUUACCCAUUAGUCAUUGAAUGGGUUUAUUCUAAAUUAUACAGUCUAUUAUAUAUUACGUAAAGAAAAUGGCCUCUUGAAGUUAAUAAAACUAUAAAAGAGAAUUGUAAUGAUGUCUACUGGUCAGCAGAUUAGAAAUAAAAAAAAAUAUUUGCCAGGAGCUUAGACUUGAGGAGGUUGGUUAGCUAUCGACUAUACAAUUUAUUCAAACCAUUACUGUACAACAAUAAUUAACAAUAAGUACUAGUAAAGCUCAAAGUUAAGUUUUUUUUUUGUAAUUGUUAAUCAUGAAAAUACAGUUUGAGAAACUUUAAAUAUGUAUAUAUUAUGUUAAGACAGGCUGUGGUUGUUUUUGUUUAGCUAAUAGUAUACAUAUUUUUUUCCAUUUUAUGUAAACGUAUUAGAUAUAAUAUGAGACAGUUGUAUUACUAAAAGGAUAUAUAGUAUGUAUCUAGAACUA